ACAAAAGGAGCUCAAAUCUUUCCAGUAUUACCUGCUGUAUGACCGCCAUGAUGGCUUCACCGCAAUCCCUAGCUCCUGCCUAGAGGAUGCAGACAGGGGACACACAGUGAAUGUGAUGGUGCAGAAAUACAACCAACAGGCUGUGGAGGUGGCCAAGAAGAUUCUAAGGAAAAUAGGCAGGAACGAUCUGGUGCUGAAGUUAUCAGAGAAAAGCUCAGAACUAAAAGGGGACGUCAGCGAUGUUCUGGAGACUACAGAGGACACAGGAGCUUCCCCCAUUCAACCACAGGCUUCUCCUCUUCCUCGCCCUCCCACUGACAGCGGUCCAGAUGUGGAGAUUCCAGUGCCAGAGCCUCAAAGACAGAUCAUACUGUUCCAACACAAACUCCAAUCUAACCUCCAGAGCAAGUUUACAUGUGCUCCAGAGGGCAUGACAGAGAUGAUGAAUCAGCAGUGUCUGGAUGACAUCUUCACAGAGCUGUUCAUCACAGCCGGGGGGGAAAUACACAUCAAUGAACAGCAUGAGGUCAGGCAGAUUGAAAUAAAAGGCGGCGUUGCAGGGACAGAAACACCAAUUGAACCAAGUAACAUAUUCCAAAGCACUACCGGAAACCUCAAACCCAUAAGAACAGUGCUUACGACUGGAGUUGCAGGAAUUGGCAAAACAUUCCUUGUGCAAAAGUUUGUGUUGGACUGGGCCAAGGGAAAAACAAAUCAAGAUGUGCACCUUAUAUUUCACUUCACUUUCCGCGAACUGAAUUUACUGAGGAGAAAGGUUUGUUUGGCUGAGCUAAUCCACAAAUGUAUCUGGGAAACCAAAGACCGUGAUUUUAACAAGAGUGAAUUUAAGCUUCUGUUUGUGUUUGAUGGACUGGACGAAAGCCGCCUUCAGCUGGAAUUUACUCACAGUGAACAGAUGCCAGCUGACUUUGAUGUGGCACAGUCAACCUCAGUGGAUAUGCUCCUGACGGCCCUCAUUGAGGGGAGAUUGCUUCCCUCUGCUCGUGUCUGGAUAACCACACGGCCCGCAGCGGCCAAUCAAAUCCCUCGAGUCUUUGUCCACUGCAUGACAGUGGUGAGAGGAUUCACUGAUCAACAGAAGGUGGAUUACUUCAAGAAGAGAUUCCCAGAUGAAGAGCAAGCCAGCAAAAUCAUCUCCCACAUCAAGGCAUCACGAAGCCUCUUCAUCAUGUGCCACAUCCCAGUCUUCUGCUGGAUCACUGCUACAGUUCUAACGGAUGUCUUGAAGAAGAGAAUGCAGACAAACCUGCCCAAAACCCUGACUGAGAUGUACACAGAAUUCUUGAAGUUUCAGAUCACCCUAACGGGAGAGAGAUGUGGCACAAAAAAAAGCAUUCAGUAUAUCCAGUCAUUGGCAAAACUAGCUUUUCACCAGCUGGAGAAAGGCCACCUGAUCUUCUAUGAGAAAGACCUGAAAAGGAGUGGAAUUAAUAUCCGUAAAGCUGCCCAGUACUCUGGAGUUUUCACCCAGGUCUUUAAAGAGGAGCAUAGGUGGAAGAGGGACGACAAGGGCAAGACGUUCAGCUUUGUCCAUCUGAGCCUUCAGGAGUAUCUGGCUGCUCUUUAUGUGGUCAUGUCACUUAUUAACGACAACAAGAAUGUACUGUCUGAGCUAACACUGGAAAGUCUGUGCAUGCUUUGCAAGAAAAAAAGCAUGACAGAAGUCCAUGAGAUUGCAAUAGGCAAAGCUUUAAAGAGUUCAAACGGGCACCUGGACUUAUUCCUACGCUUCCUCCUGGGCCUCUCCCUGCAGACCAAUCAGGAUCUCCUUAAGUGCCUGUUGAAGAUGACAAAAGGGUUCUCUCAGACCAACCACCAAACAAUCAAGUCCAUCAAGGAAAGGAUCAGGGAGAACACAUCUCCAGACAGGAGCAUCAAUCUGUUCUACUGUCUGAAUGAGCUGAGAGAUGAUUCUCUAGAGGAGGAGAUCCAACAGUACUUGAGUUCAGGAAGUCUUUCCACAAAGAAUCUCUCCCCUGCUCUCUGGACAGCCCUGGUCUUCAUCUUACUGUCAUCGGAGGAAGCGCUGGAGGUGUUUGACCUGAGGAAAUACUCUGCUUCAGAGGAGGGUCUCAUGAAGCUGCUGCCAGUGGUCAAGGCCUCGAAUAAAUCGCUGCUGAGUGGCUGUAACUUGUCAGAGAACAGCUGUGAAGCUCUGGCCUCCAUCCUCAGCUCUCAAUCUUCUAAACUGAGAGAGCUGGACCUGAGUGACAACGACCUACACGAUUCAGGAGUGAAGCUUCUCUCUGAAGGACUAAAGAGUCCACAUUGUGUCCUGCAGUCUCUCAGACUGUCAGGCUGUAUAAUCACAAAGGAAGGCUGUGAUUCUCUGGCCUCAGCUCUAAAGUCCAACCCCUCCCACCUGAGAGAGCUGGACCUGAGCUACAAUCAUCCAGGAGAAUCGAGAGUGAAGCUGCUGUCUGCUGGACUGGAAACUCUCAACCUCGACCAUGGUGGAGAGGAAAGACUGAAAUCUGGAAUGAAGAAAUACGCCUGUGAACUCACACUGGAUCAAAAAACAGCACACAAAAACCUUCAACUGUCUGACAACUCCAUGAAGGUGACAACCGUUAAAGAGGAGCAGCCGCGUCGUCACCACCUGGAGAGAUUCAACUGCUGGCUUCAGGUGCUUUGUGGCGCUGGUCUGACUGGUCGCUGUUACUGGGAGGUGGAGUCGGAAGGAAAGGUUUAUAUAGCAGUGACAUACGCAGGAAUCAGACGGAAGGGAGAGGGAGCUGACGGCUGUCUUGGAGCGAACGAUCACUCCUGGCUGCUGUUCUGUGAUGAUGACGGUAGUUUCUCUGUCCGGCACAAAGACAGAACUACACUGAUUCGUAUCCCGUCGGCUCCGGCGCCAAACAGAGUUGCAGUGUUUCUGGACUUUCCUGCGGGGACUCUGACCUUCUACAGAAUGGCCUGUGAAAAACUGAUGCACCUCCACACAUUCAAGUCCGAAUUCACUGAGCCUCUUUACCCUGCGUUUGGGUUUGGCUAUGCGCAUAGUUUUGAAUCUUAUGGUUCCUCAGUGUCCUUAUGCGAGCUGGAAGACGGCGUCUUCUCCUCACGCUGUUGAGUGAACUCAUUACUCUGUACAGGAUCACAAACAUGUAGCAACUUUCUCUUACAUUUCUCUUAUAUUUUCGGUUAAGAGAAGUCAACUCCAGAUGCACCACGGUAGCGUAGGCAACACUCUUUAACGAUAUAUAGAGGCAGUUGUUAAACAUGUCAGUACUGGCGUUACAGGAAAAUCAAACAACAUCGAAGAGCAGUAUGUAAGCUAUUCAGAAGCUGAAUGCACACAAUACCAUACUCAUACUAAUAUAAUUACUCUGAAACAUCUUA